AUGCCUGCUACAGCCUCCCUUUCACAUCUUGUCAUUGCUUCACGACGCAUAUUCUCAAACUUCAAUAGAAAAUAUUUGACGCAUCACCCGCGAAAUAAGAAAUUGGGAAGACGGCCCUCCAUUUCAUCGUUCAACUCGACUAGAUCCACCUUGCAUAAAGUUCAUCCUUCUGCUAUUCAGCGCAGUAAUUCCAUCAUGUCACAUAGACAACAGCAACGACCUACCUCUGAAGAACUAUUCCAACUAGCACAGCAACAUUUAUAUGGCCGCAAUGGCAAAUCUAAAGAUGAAAGCUACGCCGUUUCCUGUUUGAAAGAAGCUGCCAACAACAAUCACUCUGGAGCUCAAGCAGUGUUGGGCUUUUGUUACGAAUUCGGGCUCGGCAUUUCGCUGGAUUUUCAGCUUGCAGAACGCUAUUAUAUCUUGUCUGUCAAAACCGCCUUGACUGAGAGCAUUGCUACACACAGCAUCGAUGAACUUGAACUGGAUCAAGCAACAUUACUCGGCAUGGCUCGCUUAGCAUUUCUUAGAAAGUACGGUCGUCCUGGUGUACAAAUCAACCGCGUGGAAGCAGAAUAUUGGGAAGCAAAGAUACAGGGUAGAGGUCCUGACGCCAUCGCGUGGAUACGUCGUGCAGCUGAAUUAGAUCACUGCUCUGCAAGUCAAUAUUGUUUGGGCGUCUGCUAUCAUGACGGAAUCGCCGUUCCAAAGGAUGAACACAAAGCCUUUCUCUGGUACAAGAAGAGUGCAGAUCAAGGAAACUGCCGUGGUCAAGGGAUCUUGGGCUAUUGCUAUGGCGAAGGCUUUGGUGUAGAGAAGUCCGAACAAACUGCAAUGGAGUAUUAUCGCUUGGCUGCUGCUCAGGGUGAGACGGUGGCUAUUUACAAUAUUGGCUACUGUUAUGAGGACGGCAUUGGAGUGGCCAAAGACCAUGUUGAAGCUGUCAAGUACUAUAGAUUAGCCGCUGAGCAAGGAAAUGCAUUUGCUCAAAACUCUCUGGGGUAUUGCUAUGAAGAUGGGAUUGGUGUUCCUCAAGAUAAAACGAUCGCUGCUGACUGGUAUCGUCGAUCUGCCGAACAAGGCUAUCCAUGGGCUCAAUGCAAUCUUGGUUACUGUCAUCAAAAUGGUAUUGGUGCUGAAAAGGACACUGUCAAGGGUGCUUACUGGUAUGGACAGGCUGCUCGUCAGGGACAUGCUCGUGCGCAACACAACCUUGGCUUCUGCUACCAGAAUGGCAUUGGUGUCACUAGAAACUUGCAGAUGGCAGUCGCUUGGUACAAGAAAUCAGCUAAUCAGGGUAACAUUUUUGCAUAUCAUUCCUUGGGAUACUGUUUCCAAAAUGGUCUUGGUGUGGAGGUCAACUUGAGAGAAAGCUGUUAUUGGUAUUUUCGUAGUGCUGAACACAACCAUGCACCUGCUCAACUCUCUUUGGGAUUCUGUUUCCGUAAUGGUAUGGGCGUCGAGAAGAAUGAAGAAGAAGCUUGCAAAUGGUUUCGUCUCUCUGCAUUGCAAGGCAAUCCUUUGGCUCAAAAUUCUCUUGGUUUCUGUUACGAAGAAGGUCUAGGUGUCAAGAAGGACCCCAAGUUUGCUUGCUACUGGUACAUGAAGGCUGCUAAACAAAACAAUCCUUGGGCUCAAUGCAAUCUCGGCUUCUGUUAUGCAAGCGGCAUUGGAGUCCCCGAAAACCCACAGAAAGCUAUUUACUGGUAUCGUAAGGCAGCUCAACAAAAUCAUGCUCGUGCACAAGAUAAACUUGGUGUUCAUCUUCAGGCUGGUAUCGGAUGUCGUCAAAACCUCGAGAUGGCAGUACAUUACUUCCGUCUCAGUGCUCAACAAGAUCAGGUGGCUGCACAGUAUCACCUGGCAUUGUGCUAUGAAAAAGGCUUAGGUACUCCUGUAAACCUGGAAGAAGCAUUAAAAUGGUUUGAGCGUGCUGCAACCGCUGGCUGUAGAAAUUCGUAUCAGCGUCUGCGUCAACUACUAUUACGCUACUGCCUUGAAAAUGCAUCUGCUGCUGAAAUCAUUCAAAGAGUCGAUAAUGCCACAGGCUGUUGGUCUAACAGCCCUGAUUCACAUCCUCUUGGUUGGGUAUCUGGUUUUGCUGCUCCUGCUGCUUAA